AUGCCGCGCCCCGCCGCCGAGUGCCCGAGCCCCUGCAACCCCGAGCCUCCCCCAUGGCUCCCUCACCCGCGCCGCCACGCCGGCCAGCAGCCGCCGCCGGCCCUUGCCUUGCCAGCCCGCCGCCUGGAUCCCGCGCCGGCUCCCGAGCGCGCCACCCCUGUGCCCAGCAGCCGCUCGCCUCGCCGGAACCGCCCUGCCCCGUCGUCGGUUGCCUUGUUGCUGCUCCUUGUUUCCCGCGCGUCCCCGCGCCGGAUCCGCCGCCUGCCGACUCAAGCACAAGUGCGCCGCCGCCGGUCGCCUACCUCGUCUCGCCGGAGGACCUGCAGGGAUGCUCGACGCCAAGCCCUCGCCGCCGCCAUGGUUGAGCUCGGGAGCGAGCAGGAGAGGAACGGGCAGCGUCCCUGCUCGUCGCGUGGGGCUGCUCCUCCGCGUGGGCCGGCCUCGUCUCCCGGCCCAGCUCAGCCUCCCCUGCCGCGCACCGACCGGGCCAGGUCCCAGCGCAUCCAACCGGCCAGGCCCAAGUGGCCAAGAGUUUCGCAUCGUGCCGGAUUGUGAGGACCCGUUCGACUA